UUCGUUUCUUAAGAGAAUGUAUUAUAUAAUUCAUCUUCAUCAACAGUUUAAACGUAUAAAAGUAUGAACAUGUAGUCGUCACCUCGCAGCUGUGUCGAUUUAUUAAAACCUCGUUUUCCCCUGUUAAGAGUGUUAAAUGUUGUAUGUUCGAUGUUUGGUUAGCAUUUACUAGCUGGCUCUAUUAACCAGCCUAACUUUCUAUCAUUGCUAAUGGCUAAAUGUUAGCCAUUGAAUCCAGACACAUAAUUGAGUUGUUUUAUUUGCUAUUUUCAUACUUUUUCUAGAAAUGGCGUCGUUAACGGCGACAGAAUCAGCGUUACAUCCAGGUACAGCGCCAGCAGCAGAGUCUAUAGUGCCUGCUUGUAUGUUUGCACCAGACCGGGGGUGUGCCGAGGAUCAGUCCGGCGGAGAGGGCUUUGAAGACGGCGAGGAUACAAAUGGAGAGCCCGCGGAUCAUUUAGACUUAAGUAGCAAGCUGGUCCUUGUGAGUCCAACAGGGGAGCAAUAUGAUUCCUUACUGAGACAUUUGAGGGAGCGGAUAGAUGAGGGCUGCGGAGAGACAAUCUAUGUGGUUGGGAUGGGCUCAGAUGGAGGUGAUUAUGGUCUGGAUGAAAAGGACAUGGAAGCGUCGGUAGCCACCGUGCGGUCGCUGUGUGAACAGAUUGAGGCUGACUUAAUCAUGCUAAGAGAAAGGACAGACGCUGGAGGAAAGAUUCGAGACUACCUCAUCCGUCGACGCGUGGGCGAGCAGGAUUUCCUAGAAGUCAGAGUGGCUGUUGUUGGAAAUGUAGACGCUGGAAAGAGCACCCUGCUGGGAGUGUUAACCCAUGGUGAGCUGGAUAAUGGCAGAGGUUUCGCUCGCCAGAAGCUCUUCCGGCACAAACAUGAGAUGGAGAGUGGGAGGACCAGCAGUGUGGGCAACGAUAUCCUGGGCUUUGAUCAGGAAGGACAGGUGGUAAACAAGCCAGACAGCCAUGGCGGGGGUUUAGACUGGACCAAGAUCUGUGAGAAAUCCUCCAAAGUCAUCACCUUUAUUGACUUAGCUGGGCACGAGAAGUACCUGAAGACCACAGUCUUUGGCAUGACGGGACACCUGCCUGAUUUCUGCAUGCUCAUGGUUGGCAGCAAUGCUGGCAUUGUUGGUAUGACCAAAGAGCACCUGGGUCUAGCGCUGGCCCUAAACGUACCUGUGUUUGUUGUGGUUACCAAGAUAGACAUGUGCCCAGCUAACAUCCUGCAAGAGACACUAAAAUUAUUACAGAGGUUAUUAAAGUCACCAGGCUGCAGGAAAAUCCCAGUGUUGGUGCAGAACAAGGAUGAUGUCAUUGUCACAGCCUCUAACUUCAGCUCUGAGAGGAUGUGUCCAAUAUUCCAGAUCUCAAAUGUGACGGGGGAGAACAUGGACUUGCUGAAGAUGUUCUUGAACCUCCUUUCCUCUCGGACCACCUUUAGCAAUGAUGAGCCUGCAGAGUUCCAAAUAGACGACACAUACUCCGUACCUGGUGUGGGCACAGUAGUUUCAGGCACUACGUUACGUGGAUUGAUACGACUCAACGACACGCUCCUCUUAGGUCCAGACCCCCUCGGCACUUUCAUCCCCAUCGCAGUUAAAUCCAUCCACCGCAAGAGGAUGCCUGUCAGAGAGGUUCGCGGUGGACAGACCGCAUCCUUCGCCCUCAAAAAGAUCAAACGAUCAUCCAUAAGGAAAGGAAUGGUGAUGGUUUCUCCCAAGCUGAUGCCACAGGCCACCUGGGAAUUUGAAGCAGAGAUUUUGGUGCUUCACCAUCCGACCACGAUAUCCCCGAGAUACCAGGCCAUGGUCCACUGUGGCAGCAUUAGGCAGACAGCCACAAUCCUGUCAAUGAACAAAGACUGUCUGAGGACUGGGGACAAAGCCACGGUCCAUUUUCGCUUCAUCAAGACCCCCGAAUACCUGCACUGUGACCAGAAGCUGGUGUUCAGGGAAGGACGUACCAAAGCUGUAGGCACCAUUACAAAGCUUCUCCACUCAGUGAACACCCAGGCAGCUAAGGCCCAGCAGUCCAAAUCUCAAGCCAGCAAAAAGAGUUCUAAAGAGGGCACAACCGCUAAUGAGGACAGUGGAUCAGCAGCACGGCCACCCAGUCCUACCACAGCGCAGCUACCGACAGUGGCAGAGGAGGAGGCUCUGUGUCAUGAUGGCAACAAAGAAAACAAGCUCAAGUCAGGAGGCGGGGGACGCAGGAGAGGUGGUCAGAGACAUCGAGGGAAAGGUGUGAAUGCCACGAAUACAGCAGUGCCCACAGGAGCAGCGGGCACAGCCUAAAAGCACAAACAUGGGUUUCUUCACAGCCCGUCAUCAUCAUCGUCAUCAUCAUCAUCUCUUCACAAAGAGGAGGGAGAGUGACUGUGUGGGCCUCUUGCAGGUGUGCAAAGACUGGCCAUGUUUCUUCAUAUAAAAACAAAUAAAUAAUUAGUGAACAGUCUGAAUCAAGAGAGUGACAUAUUUAUCAAAAAUGAUAUAUAUUUUUCUUGUUGGCUGAUGAAGGUGAUAGUUCUUUUUUUAAAUUUGUUUUUCCAGGAGGUGUUUUAUCUCAUUUGUUUUUUCCCAGCUUCUAGCAGAUGGAUCAGUCACUCUCUCUGCUCUCUCCUGCCUCUUAUGUUUUUUGUUUCCCCCCCUCGGUCAGCCUGCUUUUUCCUUAUUCUACAUUUCCUUGUGUUCUGUCAUUAAUGGGACUUUCUGAAGGCACCAGACUUGGAGUCUGCUAACAUUGGUCAGUGAAGGAGGAUUGUGUUCAGUAGUUGAAAAUAGUUUUUAAGCUCCUGCUUACUGAAGCCAGCAGUAUAAAUGUGUAUUUGGGAUCCAGUGAGCUGAAAGGGAUUUGAUAGCAAGCGGUCGGCUGAAGCUGCUGCUGUGUUAGUUUAAGCUGACCACUGGUUUUGGGGUUUGGCUACAAACUGUUCUCUGGAAACCUACUGAUGGAUGUAAACUCUGUGGUUGUGUUACCCUCAGACUAGUUAUGAAUGCAUCACUUAUAAUGAAACAUCGGCUUGUACACAAAGUGCUCAUGUAGCCGAUGUUUAAACAUGUUAUAGAAGGAAAUCUUCAUCGACUUUUUCUAAGAGUCCGUGUUUCAGUUUUUCUAGUUUUUCAUGAAGCCAAAAGAGAAAAUUUCUGAAUCAUCCUUUUUUAACGUUGGAGUGUUGAGUUGACUACAAGUGCUUUUUGAACAAGCAAAGCAGGCAGAGGACCUUUGCACAGUUCCACUUUGAUCCAGUAUAUUAAAUGAAAAAUCCAAAAGCUGAUAAAGUCUUGUGCACAAAAACAUCCAUCAGGUAUUUUACUAAUUUAAUUAAAAAAAAAACAAACUCUAAUGAUGUCAAAGCCAACACAGAACAUGUUUCAGUAACUGAGGUUUUGCUGCACAUUUUGUUUGUUCUUCAUAUAAUUGAGAAUUUUCAUGUGAAGUCCAAAUCAGGUGCAAAGCUUCACAAAAAACGUGGACAAUCACCAGAUUAUGGUACACGUGUGCAAGUCACGUUGCAUCCUGCCUUAACCUGACCUAUACCCCUAAUGACAUCAAGCUAAAGUAAGCAACAGUAGACUACACCCUUUUUGCCACAGAUGUUUUCCACUGGUUUUUAUUAAAGUGGUUUCUCGAGUUGUCUUUAUAUUGGGAAGGUGACCGUGUUGGCAGUUGUCACAGUUUUGCAGCCCUCUGUUUCUUCUUUGGGGGGCAUAGAUCUCCCCUCACAUUAGUAUUAACUUAAUGUUGAUCAGUCUGGUCUGACAGUCCUUGAGCUACCAGCUUUAUACGUCUCAUAAGCACAAUGAACUAAGAGCAUUACUACCUUUCUCCCCCUUUAGAUCUUACCAACAGUGCAUGGAUGUUUAUCUGAAGAGACUGUUUGUGUGUACAGUUUGUUACAUUUUUGGACAGUGACACAUUUUUUUUCUCACUUUUACAUCUUUUGAAAACAAGCUGCAAUAGUAGAGCAAACCGUUGUGGUUACGCUUUGUUUCAACACCAUGACUGCAGCUGUCUUCAUAGGUCUUUCUGCCUUCAUAGCUGAUUCAGGUGAUUGACUUAGACACUCCAUGAUAUUGUACCUUUUCACCUUUAAACAGGUUAUGCAUUCAGUCAAAGUUAUCUUUGUAAAAAAGAGAAUGACCUUAGUAACAAUUAAAACUGGACCACCAAACUAAAAAAGGUUGUAAAGGUCUGCGAUCAUCCAGGCAGAUGUUCCUACAAUAGAUUCACUUUGUUCUUUUCGACCACAUGUUGUGCCAUCUACAUUAAACGCCAUACUUAAAAUCAUCUCCAGAUCUUCGACAGGCUUCAUUUAUGGAAACAAUAGCCCAUGAGUGAAUUGUUCAGUCACAUUUCAACCUUUGAAGUUAAAGUGAGAGCCUUCGUGUUGUUUCCAUCUUAACUGUUGUGGUGGCGCGUGGAGGCCGAACGGUGGGAGAGGUGUCACUGUCCAAAAAUCUGUAUGUGAGACGCAAGUUGUACAUGCCGUUUAAAUUAAGUGGUGCCAGUUUGUGUUCUAAAUCCUUUUAAAUAAAGAUGUUAUUUAACAAAA